AAUUUAAACUAAUUUGAUUUUGGACUUUUUUUUUGGCGCUGAAAAAGGUUACUUUCCAGCAAUAGUUUCCUCACACGUUGACUUAACUAUGUUUUAGUCAAACGUUAUGCUAGACUAAUUUUGUUUUGUGAGGUAGCUCUUAUUAAACGGUUGAGUGGUUUAUUUGUCGCGAUCGCCCAUUCAAAGUCAUUAAAAUAUUUGGUUUAUAGUGGGACUGCUAACGACUAGCUACCGUAUAGUAGUAGUAGCGUCACAGUUGAAGGAUUAACUCAGUGCUUAUCUUGUUUAUGGAAAAGCCUUUUUCUAUAAUUUUCCUCAGCGAAUUUUUUGUAGUGUGCAGUCUGUUUACCCUGCUCGCUACUGCACCUGUUUUUGAAGCUAGUCAGGGAAGAAGAUGGAAUGGCACGUAUCCAAAUCGAGAGGCCACCAAUCUGUUCACGAUAAAGCCCUUACAAUUUUUCAAGAACGAAUUAAGUCUCUUGCUGUCGCUGAACGAGAAAUUGAGAAGGAACGAAUACAAAGUAACAUCGACCUCAAGACUGAAAAGCGAAAGGUGCAAGAAGAUUUGUUCAACUUAAACAGGGACAGAAAACGGUUUGCCAGAGAAGCCAGAAACAAGUUACAGUUACACCAACUUCCUCGUCUGUUCAGUAGGGAGAAAACGUUUCAAGGAUUAUCUGUUAGAGAUAAACAGAAAUUACUUCGAUCUUUUAGUACUGAGAGAUCCGCGGACACAUUUCCCUCGAUAACUUGCACUGACGCGAAUGUACCACAGAUUAUGAAAAGGUCUAUUUCGAGGGAAUCGCAGUUUCAUAACUGGGUGAUUGGUUUUCCAAGGAUUAAAGAUUCGUCCUCUAAGCGAACGUUACGAAAUAAAAAGCUAGCUAAGCAGGGAGCGAAAAAUGAAAACAGCGAUGCAGGAGCGGUGAAAAGACAUUCUAAGGUGGAGAAUAUUGUUUUCAAUGUCCCCGUGACAUUAACGAACACGAAUGGAAAAGCUUCAGCGAGGCAUGAUCAAUUACAAGUCAGUCAUCAAAAGCGAAGGAAAGGGGUUGUAACAAGCUGGAACUUGAAAAAUGAAAAGCUACCAAAACUCAAAGAUAUACUCAGAUAAGAUUGUCUGAGCUCAAACAAAGUUACUGUAAUUAAGUUAAAUGCGUCUGAAAUCUCUUAAUUAAUGGUCGAUCCAAAAUAGGAUUACAGUACUUCUAGUACACUGUAGCCCCGAUUAUUAUAUAAAGUGCUAUGGCCCGGGAAAACUGUUCACGGUGUAACAGGGGUACGUUGUAUAAAUCGAGGUCCUGUUCUAUACAUUUUUCUAUAACUGGGGGCGAAGAAUUUUUCGUUUCACCGGGUUAUCCGUUUUAAAGGGUUUCUAGAUUGGUGUUCUAAUGCAGUUCAUUUAAAUUCCCUUAAGUGAAAAGGCUUUUAAAAAGCUUCCAAGUAACUCAAUUUAAACAGAAUCAGAGAACUACUCGUGGCUGUGCGACUUUUGAUUCGAUUGAAGCACACGCGUUCACCCCCAUUACUAUAGUCUCUGUUAAUGAACUUAUUUGUUUUAUAUUUCACUACAUUUGCAUCUUUUGUUUGUGAUGUUAGUACACGUAUUUGUGAAUAACGACCUUCUGAUUACUUAAAAACAACGCUCUUUUCAUUCAUAAAGUGUCUGUAAACCUUGUCUGUUGGCCUUGAGUUUUGUUAGCAUUUCUACAUUUGAGAUUAAAAGCAAAAAUGAAAUUUAAAGUUAGACUAGACAUAACUAAAUUUUCCUUUUAAUCUUAUCAGAAAGAAAAGCUAACUAAUUUCACGGGUCAUUACGUCCUAAGCUAAUCCACU